CUUCUUUGGUUGUUCUCCGGUCGUUAUCAGCCAAACUGCUCUUUGAAAGAAUCUUCCAUUGAUUUCUUUGACUAUGAAUCAUUUCUUUCAACUUUCUCACAUUUGCUUCCUCUCUCUGCUUUCAGGUGAAACCCUUAGCUUACAAUCAUAACUCUUUUGGGUUUAUCUGCGAUUAUAUCUUCAUUUUUCAUACUGGGUUUUCGAUUUUCACUCUUUUGAAUCGAGAAAUGGGUUGUCAAAUUAGCAAGACGGCUGCUGAGGCUGAAAUCAAUGUCGGCACUGGUGCUAUCUCACAAACCCAGAUGCAAAAUGCCAAUUUGGAUCCAAUCCAAUUGUCUCUAACAAGCUACGAAGACGCCUGUCGUCUCGAUUCCGAUCUCCAAAGCUUCGAUUCCGUCCUUCAGCAAAGAACAGACCGAGUCAUCACCAUCCUCGCCGCCAAUGGUCUUGAACGUAACCUAUCUAUGAACGCCUUCGGAGAAGUCACACGUUUUCUUAACGAAAUGAAUCAGGAUACUGUUGAUUUCAUUCUUGCAUACAAGAAAGAUAUAUGGAAAGACAACGGUAUGUGUGAUCUCGUUCAGGAAUACUUCGAUUGUAGCCUUCUUACAUUGGAUUUCUGUACUUCAUUACAAAGCUGCCUGAAACGAGCACGUAACAGUCAAUUGAUGAUCAAUUUCGCUUUAAACAUGUUCGAAUCUGAGAAAAUCUGCGAUGGUGGAAAGAAUUAUGAACGAACAUUGCAGGAAUUGAGGAAUUUCAGUGCCGCCGCUAACCCUUUUGAUGACGAGUUUCUUUCUCUGUUACAAUCUCUCCCCAUGAAACAAAGAUCAUUGUUACAGAAACUUCAACGGACAAAAACGAUUCUUGAUGCGAAAUUGAAAUCUGCAAAAACAUGGAAGAGGGUUUCAAAUGUGAUUUUCGCUACCGUGUUUGCUGGCGUUAUAGUCUUCUCGAUUGUGGCGACAGCGAUUUCAGCACCGCCUGUUGUUAUUGCUUUGGCCGGAGCAGCUGCUGUUCCAUUGGGGACGAUGGGGAAAUGGUUGAAUUCACUCUGGACAAAAUACCAGAAGGAAUUAAAAGAACAAAGGGUAAUUGUUACAACAAUGGAAACGGGGACUUUUUUAGCGAUUAGAGAUUUGGAAGGGAUUCGGAUUCAUGUUCAUAGAUUGGAGAUCAAGAUUGAGGCUUUGUUACAGAAUGCUGAUUUUGCAGUUAGAGAAGAAGAUGAGGCAGUGAUGGUUGCUGUUGAAGAGAUGAAGAAGAUGAUUGAUGGGUUUAUUCAGGCUAUUGAUGAUCUAACUAAGAGUGCUGAUAAGACUAGGAGCGAUUUAACGAUGGCAAGAACUGUGAUCGUGAAAAAAAUCAUCCGUCAGACGUCUGAUCAUUGAAAAAGAGAUUUCUGAAACUAAUUGGACAAUGAAAAUGCACGAGUCAAACCGAAUCUCAGCCAAGCCAUGAGAAUCGCCACAAGAUUGAAGGUUUUGAUGCUUUCAAAACGAUGUGAUUCCGGGUCAAGUUAAUCUCUGCCAAUUGGAAGUUGGAAUUUACAUAAAUGCCAAGCUCUAAACUCAAGUUCUAAGAACCUUUAAGCAGAAAUUAGGUAAUAGCAGAGUCUUGGUACUCAAAACGUCGUCAUUACUGAUUAGAAGAGAUUAAGGUAAUAAAAGAACAUUAUUGGUAAUAUAUAUGGAAGAAACAACAUGACGAGAUUAAGGUAAUAAAAGAACAUUAUUGGUAAUAUAUAUGGAAGAAACAACUUGUUGAUGAAUCUAUUGCUUAAGGAACCGAAUAUUCCUAGUUUUUAUGUUAUUGGAUAUUAUUGUGUUUUUAUUAGUAAGUUAUUAAAUAUGUUAUAUGUUCUUCUUAAGACAAGAUGUUGAAAUUCUUAUGUGAGUGAGUAUGUUUUGCUUAUUGUUGUUUCUUA